AUGAGUUCCCAUAGGUGUGCAGCUUGCAAGCAUUUGAGAAGAAGAUGCCCUUCCGACUGCAUCUUCUCCCCGUAUUUCCCGUCCAAUAAUCCUCGCAAAUUUUCGUAUGUUCACAAAGUGUAUGGAGCCAGCAAUGUUUCAAAGAUACUACAGGAUUUGCCGGUGAACUUGAGAGCCGAAGCUGUUGAGUCGUUGUACUAUGAAGCUUAUUGCAGAGUAAAAGAUCCGGUGUACGGUUGUGUUGGUAUGAUCACGAUAUUGCAUCAACAAAUAUGUAUUGCGCAAUAUCAUUUGGCUCGAAUUCAAGCCGAGAUUGCUGUUCUAAAGAAUCAACCUCCUAUAGCUAAUAGUAAUAACACAACAUCGGCAGCAGGGCCGAGCCAAACCCAGAAUCCGAACUUGUUCGUCGGACAAAAUCCUCAUUCGAUUUUCGAUCCUUCGUCGUGGUUUGCUUAGUUGCUCAAGAUAGAUCUUAAGAGUUUUGAUUUCCAUAUAUAGUUAUGGUUAUUCUCCUCUCUCUCUCUCUUACAUUUUUAUAUUUAUUUUUAGAUUUUGGUAGCAGAGAUGAAUAAUGUGAUCAAAUAUAUAUAGGGAAAUUUGAUUCAGUAUUGUUAUUCGAGUAGCUAGGUUAAUGGUGUUUUUGAAAUAGCAAUGUUACAGAGACUCAUUCAUUUUAUUUUUAUUAGUAACAGUACUAUCUACUUAAUA